CCCUCACUUUGCGAUCUGCCUCCAAACACCAACAUCAGAACAUCAACACCACAACAUCAACACACCCCCCAUCACGACGACACCACCAGCACUUGUCACCAACAAAUCAACAACAUGCCUUCGGAAACCCCGAUCCAAAACGUCACCCUCGUCGGCGCCUCCGGCAACCUAGGUAGUGUCCUUCUUUCCCACCUUCUCAAAACCAACCUGCACAUCACAAUCCUCCAACGCGCUUCCUCCAAAUCCACCUACCUACCCCACCCCAACCUCACCGUCACCACCGUCCCCUCUUGGUCCCUCCCCGACGUCACCGAAGCCCUCCGCGGCCAACACGCCGUAAUCGCCGCCUUCCCCCUCCGCGACCUCCAAGCCCACCUCACCCUCGCCGAAGCGGCCUACGCCUCCGGCACAGUGGCCCGCUUCAUCCCCGCCGACUACGGCAGCGUCGACGCCCGAAGCCAAAGAGCGCGGGAUCUGGUCCCGUUGUUUGGCAAGAAGGUUCAGGUUCGCGAGUUACUGGAGAAGUUGAGCGAGAACAGCGCAGGCCGUUUGAGCUGGACCAGUCUGGUCAACGGCCACUUUUUCGAUUGGGGCCUCACCAACGGAUUUCUCCAUUUCUAUCCCUUCGAAAACCCGCCUAGGGCACAUAUCCUUGGCUCUGGAGACGAGAAGAGUUCCCAGGCGACGCUGGCGCAGGUUUCCAAAGCUGUGGUGUCAAUCUUGACCGGUGACGCUGGACAUCUUGAGCAAACGAAAAACAAAGUCCUCAUGCUCCAGUCCUUCCUCGUCUCCCAGAAUGACGCCGUGGAUAUGCUGGAGAAGGUGACGGGGAAGAAGUUUGAGAGGGAGUAUGUGAAUACGGAGGACUAUAUCAAGGAGAGGAAGAAGGUGGCGGAUGAAGGGGGAGAGGGGGCGGGAGACGCGAUUGAGGAUUUGGUGUUUGCGCUGGGGGUGGUGGAAGGGGAUUGGACGAAGAAGGAGGAGUAUUCGAUGGGGUUGUUGGGCUUGGAGGAGGAGGAGGAUUUGGAGGCGGUGGUCAGGAAGGCGCUGGAGGAGAGUGAGGAGGGGAGGAAGUUGUUGGCUGGGAGCGGAAACUAAUGGGGGUGAGGUUGGAGAUGGUGGUAGUGUUGGUGUUGGUGGGAAGGGGCUGGGACGUGCCGAUGAGGUAUGGACGAGUGUUUGAGUGUAGU